AUGGCCUUUCUGCAAUGGCGGCGUUUUAACUUCUUUGACAAGGAAGUAGUAAAGGAUCCGCAAGAUGAGCAAGUGUUCAGCAAAUUAAAGGACAUCAAUAUAUCAGCAUGUGCAUUUGGUCGAGGACAGAUCAUUGUUGGAGACUUUGAAGGACAAUUAUACUUCAUCAACAGACAACUGAAAUUAUCAGGUUUCAAGGCCUAUGAGAUCAGAGUGUCGCAUCUAUUCCAAAUGAAACAGCAUAGUAUUCUUAUAUCAAUCGGGGAAGAUGAAGAAGGUGUAAAUCCAUUGAUAAAAGUUUGGAAUUUAGACAAGGUUGAUAAAAUGGGAAACCCAUCUUGCACCAGGAUUGCAAGGGCAUCACCCAGUAGCAAAGGAUCAAGGGUAUCUUGCCUUACAGUUCAUGAGAACCUGAACAACAUGGCUGUUGGCUUUGAAGAUGGGAGUGUGGUGUUGUUUAAAGGGGACGUCACAAGAGACAGGCACAGCAAGAUCAAAAUCAUCCACCAAGACACCUGUCCCAUCACUGGUCUGGCCUUCAAGUCUUCUGGAAAGAAUGCAGUCUUGUUCAUAGCAACAGGCUUUAAGAUUAUCAGUAUCAAUGUGUCUGUGAAGGACAAAGAGGUGAAAUCAGAAUUAGAUGACCAUGGCUGCCCCAUUGGCUGCUCUGUAAUGAGUGAUCAGAGCCAAGACUUCCAGUUUGUCAUUGGAAGGCAAGAUGCUGUGUAUUUCUAUCAGUCUGAUGGUAGGGGCCCUUGUCUGGCUUUUGAGGGGGAGAAAUUACAACUUCACUGGUUCAGGGGUUACCUAGUAAUCGUAGGGAAAGAAAGUAAAGCAAUGAGAUCCUCAACCAUUGGGAACCAAACCAUUCAAAUGAACAUUGUGACUGUGUAUGACAUCCAAAAUAAGUUUAUUGCAUAUUCUGCUCCAAUACCUGAUGUCAUUGAUGUCCUCUGUGAAUGGGGUUCUCUCUUUGUACUAGCAGGGGACAGAAAGUUGUACCACUUACAAGAAAAAGACACACAGACAAAACUGGAAAUGCUGUUCAAGAAAAAUCUUUAUGUACUUGCAAUUAACCUAGCCAAGGGUCACUCAUAUGAUGAGGAUGGCUUGAUUGAGAUAUUUCGUCAAUAUGGCGACCAUCUUUACAGCAAAGGGGAUCAUGAUGGUGCAAUACAGCAGUAUGUGAAAACUAUAGGAAAACUUGAGGCAUCAUAUGUUAUCAGAAAAUUUCUAGAUGCCCAGAGAAUCCACAAUCUGACUUCCUACCUACAAGCACUACAUAAAGCACAACUAGCUACAGAAGAUCAUACAACAUUGCUGCUCAAUUGCUACACAAAACUAAAAGAUGUUUCCAAACUCGAUGAGUUCAUUAUGACUAAAGAUCGGGAGGUUGACUUUGAUGUUGAGACUGCCAUCAAAGUGUGUAGGCAGGCUGGGUACUACAAACAUGCUUUGUUCCUGGCUAAGAAGCACUCCCAGCAUGACUGGUAUUUGAAGAUACAACUGGAGGACCACAAGGACUACCAGGAGGCAUUGGAGUAUAUUGGAAAACUAGAGUUUGAGGCAACAGAGAAUAAUGUGAAGAAAUAUGGUAAGAUCCUGGUGUCUGAAGUACCUCAACAGACUACUGAUCUUCUCAAACGACUUUGCACAGACUACAAGCCCAGUGAUAAACCUUUGGUGGAUGCUAGAACAUUAGAAGGAGAAAUUCCCAAAAUAUUAAAAGCCAAUGCUGAGGAAUUUAUUCACAUUUUUGUCAACAAUUCGAAGAAAUUGACAGAGUUUCUUGAGCAUAUGGUUAGGCUGCAACCAGGUUCUAACAGCCUUGUUUACAACACUCUGUUGGAGUUAUAUCUGCAUGAUUAUGUACAUGAACAGAAUAAAACAGUCCAGGAAUCAAAGGGAAAGAUAACAUUAGACUUGCUUCAAAAUCAAGAUGCUGGCUAUGAUAUUGACCAGGCCUUAGUGCUGUGCCAGAUGAAUGACUUUAAACCUGGCAUUCUUUACCUCUAUGAGAAGGCUAAACUUUAUCAACAGAUCCUGAGGUACCAUAUGGAACACAAUGAGUACACACACAUCAUAGAGUCUUGCAAACGCUUUGGUACUGCUGAUCCUCAUCUUUGGGUGCAAGCAUUAUCUUACUUUGCCCGUAAGCAGGAGAACUGCAAGCCACAAAUAAUGGAAGUGUUGUCACAUAUAGAUAAGAAGAACCUACUACCACCUCUUCUGGUCAUACAAACCUUGGCACAUAAUUCCACAGCUACCCUGGCUGUGGUGAAGGACUAUAUCAUCCGACGACUCCAAGUAGAGAGCGAUCAGAUAGCUGAGGAUGAGAGACUUAUCAAACAGUAUAAGGAAGAGACAGAAAAGACUCGUAAACAGAUUGAGGAGCUAAAAACAAGUGCAAAGAUAUUCCAAGUGUCAAAGUGCAGUGUGUGCAACCAUCCAUUGGAGCUGCCCUCAGUUCAUUUCCUCUGUCAGCAUUCCUACCACCAACAUUGUUUUGAAAGUUAUGCUGAGAAUGACUCUGAAUGUCCUGCAUGUAUGCCAGAGAAUAGAAAAUUACUAGACAUAAUCCGUGCUCAGGAGCAGAGUAAAGACCUCCAUGAACAGUUCCAUCAUCAGUUAGAGCGUGCCUCGGAUGGUUUCUCUGUUGUGGCUGACUACUUUGGUAGAGGAGUCUUCAAUAAGGUGACACUUAUUACUGACCCACCUGGUAAGGGCAGGACGUCUGAGAGUCUCAUAGACAAUAGUUUACAGAGAGAUCUACUAUUAGCGCAACAAUCUUUGAAUCCGUUUGAUGAAUAAACUAAGUAAACAUGACAUUAUAUGAUGGAAUCCUGUGAUGGAAUAUACCUACAUGUUAUUUUGCCAAAAUUAUCAACUGGCCUAGUAUAAAAAUGGCUGUCUCCAGGUCUCUGAGCUAUAGUGAAAAUAUACAAGUCAGUGUACUAUACAUGUACCUACAGCUGUACUAAACAAAGUAAGAGUACAACUAAUCCCUUGUAAAUUGUACAUGUACAAUUGUAUAUUGUUAUCUACCCUUGACACAGUAAGCAUUUUUAGUAAAAUAAUUUCUAACAUGCAGAUUUAUUUAGAGCAAAUCACUUGUGGACCAUGCAUCCAUGCAUGUCGGGUUUAGUUUUCUAGCAGCAUGUUUCUUAUAAGGAAAGCUGUCAAAGUACUGAAGCUUUAACGGAAAAAUAAGUACAUGUAAUUUAGUUUUCUCCUACCCAUUUUAAACU